AUGAUUGAGGAGAUAAAGAAGAAAUCGCUGGAAGAACUCAAGGCCAAAUCAGAAAGUCCUUACGAGAAGUACUUCGAGGACUGGAAAAAACGUUCGCACAACUCUGUUCAAAACACUAACAAGAUUUUAAUGCAAAAGGCACUGCUAGCUCCUGGAAAACUAUUACAGUCUGCAAACUGUAUCAGGAUGACCUACGGAGAUAUCAACUAUCUGGGGAACAACGAAGCUCUUCUCUAUUCUGAUAGCGGAACUCAAGGUACACAAACAUUCACUAACUCAGUUUACUCGCUAAAAUUUCAACCAAAACAUAAAGACCUAAUAAUUGUAGAUGAUGUGGUGUUCACAUUCACUUGCAAUUGUACCAAUAUUAUACAACAUCAAAAUAACAAUUCUGGAUUUCCAUUUAAUGUAGUGUUGUUUGAUGAAGAAACAUUCCACCGUAAUGGUUCUUUAAAUACUGAUCAGGACGAAGAGGAGCAGAGCAGUAGCGAGGAGGGUGAUAACAACGACGGCGACAACAACAACAAUUGCAUUGACAACAGAAUUAAUAACAACCAUAACAUCAACACAAACAGCAACACCAAUAACAACAGCAUCGACAGCAACAACAGCAACUUCAGGAACGAUAGCAGAGGGGAGCAAAGAACGUUUCGAAACGGCGAUGGCGAAACUCCUUUGCCUAAAUCCACAGUUUUAAAAACCUUAAGACGUUUUCUAGAAACGGGGUCUAUUAAAAAUCGUUCUGUUACUGGAAGACCAUGA